UGUCUGUUUUGCUAGAGACAGACAACCUGCAGAGCUGUCCUUAAAGUUUAAAUCAAACCGUGUUCACAGCUGUCUGGACUGUCAUCUCCAAACAAACUUGUCUCUUAGAAGACUAUGGACAAUCAAACCUCAACAGUGAAUGGGAAAAACAUGGCAUCUAGGAUGGAGGACUCACACAUGGGACUUGUCGAGGAUGUCACAGACGGCAGCCAUACUGACUCUGAAACAGAGACGAUCAUGCCCCUAGAUGAGUGUACAUCACAUCCCAUACUACAAAUGGACCAGGCGGUAAUGGACAACGUGGGGCAGCUUUUCGACCACUGCAUCCAGCAGGUGUCCCAUCUGGAGACACAGAGGAACGAGCUGAUACAAGAGCUCCUCCGUCUGCAGGAACCCAUUCUGCGAGUUGUGGGGCACCUGAGAGGGAAGCUGCUAGAGACACAGAGGCUGCUCACGCUGGCUCAGAUGGAUUAUGUCGCUGUUUAUGAGGAAGUGAAGAAGGUGAAGAGGAAACUUUUUGCCACAGCCAGAGACUGCAUCCAGAGCCAGGUGACGCUGGCUGAACAGGAGUACGAGGUGGCUCAGUCUGCUGUGACACAGGAGGAGCUGAAGGCCCACAUCCAAAGUCUGACCCAGGAGUUGUCCGAGCUCCAGGAGGCCCAGCAGAACCAGCUAAACACCCUGAGGGACAAGGCCUCUAAACCCUGCAGGCCCAGGGCCACGAGUGACGUCAGCCAGUGCCGACAGGCGUCGGUCAGGCUGCAACGGCGGCUCAGUGGCAGCGUGAGGGCGCUGGAGGGCUGGUACGAGCCUCGGCUCAUGGCCCUGCUGAAGAGAAGGCAGGUUGGAUUGGACGCCUUGAGAAAGAGCAGGGAGCAGGCUAUGGACCUGAAAGCCAGGCUGGGGCCCCUGAGAGAGGAUAUACAGAGGCUAGAGGUGCAGAGAGCCUGCCUGGUGCAGAGGGUCACUCUGAUGGAGAGAGAGAGGGAGGAGGGCAUCACACAACACAAGGAGACUGUGGAGAAACUAAAAGAGACUUUGAAAGAACUGGAAGUGGAGUUUGCGGUUCAAAGAACAUCUAAGAAAGAUUUGGAGGAUCGUAAUGACAGCCUUCGAAAAGAGCUGACAUUUCUCAGAGGCUGUGAUGAACCCAGUGAAACCAUGGAAGAGGAUCCCUAAUUUCUGUUUUCAGUAAAUAUUAAGCCUAUUAUCUACACCAGACCACACCAUGGCAUAGGAUUUACAUUUAAUAUAGAAAAGCUCAUAAUGUGCAGCAUAAUUUUUUUUUUGCUUCAAUAGAAUUAACUCUUACCUACAACUUAACAUCUGGCACACUGUGCCAGGAAGCAAAGCAAAAAGAUUUAUUGUAAAUAUUUUAUUUUGAAUAUUCUUAAGUACACAAGAGAUCAGAUGCAGCACAGAAGAAUGCAUAGAAGAAGAAAAAAAACACAUACAAGUGACAAACGCAAUCUGGAAAAUUCAUACUAUGAAUAUCAAGCAAAUACAAGAAAAAAACCUACAGUAUGUACAAUAUUUAUUUAAAAUGGAUCUUCGUAGAAAUAUUUUCAGCACAACUAAUCAGGAUGAAAGAAAUAAAACCAUCAAAAAGCCAACCUGAAUGUUGGACACGUGUGAUGGUUUCAUCACAAGCCAGAGUUUAGUACUGGGAGUUUGAAAAACUAAAAAGAUCUAAAAUUCUGACCGAUACAGACUUACUUUAAAUACAUCACCACAUGAUGACAAUGCAGCAUUUUAUUCUUUAAAUGUUCUUCAAAAAAAUACUGCCCCCCAAAAUGUAUUUUAAAAAAGGAGAUGACUGCUUAUGUGCCCAGCACUGGAAAACCAAUCCAUUUUUAACAAGCAAGUCAAAUGAAGAGAUGUGAUGACUGGACUCAUGCCUGGACCUCUGAAUCUGCAGCACCUUCUGGGUCCUCGUCAUUGUAGAUAUUUUCAGCCUUGAGAAGAAACAAUUCAAAAGUAGAUUGACUGUAACUGGUAUUCAAUGUUAAUAAAUGCACUUUAAAAUUA